AUGCCCGAUUCCUUAACCCCAGAGGCCGCUGCCAACGGCGCGGACCUCGACAAGGUUCAAACACAACGAGCUCGAUGGGCUACGCGCAGAAUGACAAUCAAGAGCGGCAGCACCAAGCGCCGCUCCCUCCUCAAUCGACACAACCGCAAAAAGUCGUCGGCUAGCGAAAAGAGUGUCGGCGCCCCUGGCGGCGACGGUGGCCACGGUCCCUUCUCCAUUGGCGACGACAACGACGAGAACGAUGCCGAAGCCUCCGAAGACGAGGUGGAAGAAGAUCCCGACAAGCGUACCCUCUUCUUCAACCUGCCCCUGCCCGACGACAUGCUCGACGACGAGGGAAACCCUUCCACCAGCUACGCCAGAAACAAGAUCCGAACUGCCAAAUAUACCCCAUUAUCCUUUAUACCCAAGAACAUUUGGUUCCAGUUCCACAACGUCGCCAACAUUUUCUUCCUCUUUGUCAUUAUCUUGGUUAUCUUCCCCAUCUUUGGUAGUGUCAACCCUGGACUCAGCGCCGUUCCUCUAAUCGUCAUUAUCUGCCUCACCGCCAUCAAGGAUGCCAUUGAAGAUUACCGACGAACAGUCACCGAUAUUGAGCUCAACAACGCACCUGUCCAUCGUCUGAUGAACUGGGACAAUGUCAAUGUCGAAGUCGGCGACGUCUCCACCUGGAGAAGAAUAAAAAAGGCCACGUCCCGAUUCUUUGGUGGCAUUUGGUACGCCAUUCAGAGCAUGUGGUCCAAGCAGGCUAGGCAAAAGAGAAUCGAGCGCAAAGCCAAGGCCAAUGGAAUAGAAGAGGAGGAACCCCGACCCUCGGUCGAGACGCAGCGGACGCGCAUGUCUAUUCGUCAGUCCAUCAACUCUCACUUCGGACACAGAGAGUCCACCCACGAGGAUAUUCAGAUGACCCCUGUGCCUUCUCCUUCGCCCACCGGCCACAUCAAGAUCCAGGAGCCGGCCAAGCCCGACAAUGCACGCCUUGCCGCCAUGCAGGAUAUGAAGACGGACAUUAUCAACUACAGACGCGCUCCAACAAAUGCGCGUUUCAAAAAGGAUGCCUGGAAAAACAUCGUCGUCGGUGAUUUCGUCCGUAUCUACAACGACGACGAACUGCCCGCCGACGUCAUCAUCCUCGCCACGUCUGACCCUGACGGUGCAUGCUACGUCGAAACCAAGAAUCUGGACGGCGAGACCAACCUCAAGGUUCGCCAGGCCCUUCGAUGCGGCCGCACUCUCAAGCACGCCCGCGACUGCGAACGAUCCGAGUUUAUCGUCGAAAGCGAAGCACCCCAGUCCAACCUCUACAAGUUCAACGGCGCCAUCAGAUGGAAGCAAAAUAUUCCCGGCUACGAGGACGACGAGCGCGAGGACAUGACUGAGGCCAUCACCAUUGACAACCUGCUUCUCCGAGGCUGCAACCUGCGCAACACCGACUGGAUUCUCGGCGUCGUCGUCUACACUGGCCACGACACCAAAAUUAUGAUGAACACUGGCAUGACUCCCUCCAAGCGUGCCAGAAUCGCCCGAGAAAUGAACUUCAACGUCGUCUGCAACUUUGGUAUCCUCUUCAUCAUGUGCUUGGUGUCAGCCAUUAUCAAUGGAGCCGCCUGGGCCAGAACCGACACGUCCAAAAACUUUUUCGAUUUUGGAUCCAUCGGUGGCAGCCCCCCCGUCACCGGCUUCAUCACGUUUUGGGCUGCUAUCAUCAACUUCCAAAAUUUGGUACCCAUCUCGCUUUACAUUACUCUGGAGAUUGUCCGUACACUACAAGCUGUUUUCAUCUUCAGCGACGCCGAGAUGUACUACGAACCAAUCGACCAACCUUGCGUCCCCAAGACAUGGAACAUUUCCGAUGAUGUCGGCCAGAUCGAAUACAUCUUCUCCGACAAGACUGGUACCCUAACGCAAAACGUCAUGGAGUUCAAAAAGGCUACCAUCAACGGACAUCCAUACGGCGAGGCUUACACCGAAGCGCAGGCGGGUAUGCAAAAGCGCGCUGGCAUUGACGUCUCUACUGAAUCUGAUCGCAUCCGCGCCGAAAUUGCCGAAGCCAAGGUCCAAUCCAUCGCCGGCCUGCGCAAGAUCUACGACAACCCUUAUUUCUACGAUGACUCUCUCACCUUUGUGGCCCCUGAUUUCGUCGCCGAUCUGUCUGGCGAGUCUGGCAGCGCGCAAAAGGAAGCCAACGAGACCUUUAUGCUUGCACUGGCUCUCUGCCACAGCGUCAUCGCAGAAAAGGCGCCCGGUGAUCCACCACGCAUGUUGUUCAAGGCUCAGUCUCCCGAUGAGGAAGCUCUUGUCGCCACCGCACGCGACAUGGGUUUCACGGUUCUUGGAAGCUCUGGUGAUGGCAUUGAUGUCAACAUCAUGGGCGAGGACCGUCACUACCCGAUUCUCAAUACCAUCGAGUUCAACUCUACCCGCAAGCGAAUGAGCUCGAUUGUCAAGAUGCCCGAUGGCCGCAUCGUUAUCUUCUGCAAGGGUGCCGACUCGGUCAUCUAUUCUCGUCUCAGGAAGGGAGAGCAGCGUGAGCUCCGCCAAGAAACCGCCGAGCACUUGGAAAUGUUUGCUCGUGAGGGUCUCCGCACGCUUUGCAUCGCCAUGAAGGAAAUUACCGAGGAGGAAUACCGGUCUUGGAAGAAGGAACACGACCUGGCUGCUUCGGCUCUGGAACACCGCGAAGAGAAGCUGGAGGCCGCAGCCGAGCUUAUUGAACAGGACUUCCUACUUCUGGGUGGUACCGCUAUCGAGGAUCGCCUCCAGAUUGGCGUCCCCGACACCAUUGAGCUCCUCGGACAAGCUGGUAUUAAACUCUGGGUCCUGACCGGCGACAAGGUUGAAACCGCCAUCAACAUUGGUUUCUCUUGCAACCUGCUCAACAACGACAUGGAGCUCAUUCAUCUCAAGGUGGACGAGGAAGCUGACGACGACGUCUCCGACGACAUGCUGCUAGACGAGCUGGAAAAGGAGCUGGAUCAGCACCUCAACCACUUCGGCAUGACGGGCAGCGACGAGGAACUCAAGGCCGCCAAGAAGAACCACGAGCCCCCUGGCCCCACGCAUGGACUGGUCAUUGACGGCUUUGCUCUCCGAUGGGCUCUCCACGACCGACUCAAACAAAAGUUCCUGCUCCUCUGCAAGCAGUGCCGUUCGGUUCUCUGUUGCCGUGUCAGCCCCGCCCAAAAGGCUUCGGUUGUUGCCAUGGUCAAGAAUGGUCUCGACGUCAUGACCCUCUCUAUCGGUGACGGUGCCAACGACGUGGCCAUGAUCCAAGAGGCCGAUGUCGGUGUCGGUAUCGCUGGUCUGGAAGGCCGACAAGCCUCCAUGUCUUCUGAUUACGCCAUUGGCCAAUUCCGCUUCCUGCAGCGCCUGGUUCUCGUCCACGGACGCUGGUCCUACCGUCGUUUGGCUGAGAGUAUCAGCAACUUUUUCUACAAGAACAUGGUUUGGGUGUUUGGCUUGCUGUGGUUCCAAAUCUACUGCGAUUUCGACAUUACCUAUCUCUUCGAGUACAGCUACAUCAUCAUGUUCAACCUGUUCUUCACCUCGGUCCCCGUCGGCGUCCUUGGUGUUCUCGACCAGGAUGUUUCAGACAAGGUCUCGCUGGCUGUCCCUGAGCUCUACCGGACGGGUAUCGAACGUCUGGAGUGGACGCAGAGAAAGUUCUGGCUCUACAUGUUUGACGGUGUCUACCAGUCGGUCAUGGCCUUUUACGUGCCCUACCUCAUCUUUAGCAACUCCCGCCCUGUUACGUUCAACGGUCUCGCUGUCGAUGACCGAUACCGACUCGGUGCCUAUGUCGCCCACCCUGCUGUGUUGACCAUCAACGGCUACAUCAUGAUCAACUCGUACAGAUGGGACUGGCUUAUGCUGCUGAUUAUCGCCAUUAGUGACUUGUUUGUCUUUUUCUGGACCGGUGUCUACACUUCGUUUACGUCUUCAUCUACGUUCUACAAGGCCGGCGCUGAGAUUUACGGAGAGGCGUCCUUCUGGGCCUGUUUCUUCAUCGUUCCCGUCCUCUGCCUGUUCCCUCGCUUUUCCAUCAAAGCCCUGCAGAAAGUCUUUUACCCUUACGACGUUGACAUUGUUCGCGAGCAAGUCUUUAUGGGCAAGUUUGACUACCUGAAGGAGCCUAAAGAAAAGGAUGAUGGCAAGACGGACUCGAGGAGCCAAGGAUCCCACGGCAGCUCCAAGAGGAGCUCGAGAAAGUCCAAGCACAUGCAGUACGCCAGCGUCGACGAGGAUCUGCGACCCAUCUACCCGCCUUCCACGGUGACGCGAGAGACGUACAACGGGGCACACAGCCAGCAAGGAAGUGCCGACACGACGAAUAUGCAACGGUACUCGGUUGAGAACCCCAUGCACCGCAUCUCGACAGACCGCCCGCGACCCUCGUUUGACCGCAUGCGCGCCUCGUACGACCGCACACGCGCCAGUUUCGAAGCCAGCAACGAUUUUACUUCGGCUGCUCGCCUGUCGCGGAUCGAGUCGUCACAUUCGCGUGGGCAUUCGCACUCGCACUCGGGCAUGAUUCGCAGCCGCCUUCGUGCCCUGUCGUCCUUGUCCAAGAAGUCGGACGCCUAG